UUCAGAGGCGCCUUCUCUGUUGUCAAACGAUGUGUUCAGAAGUCGACACAGUUUGAGUUUGCCGCAAAAAUCAUCAAUACAAAGAAAUUAACCGCAAGAGAUUUUCAAAAAUUAGAGCGUGAAGCUAGAAUUUGCAGAAAACUUCACCAUCCUAAUAUUGUUAGACUACAUGAUAGCAUACAGGAAGAAAACUACCAUUACUUAGUGUUUGAUCUUGUUACUGGCGGUGAGCUGUUUGAAGAUAUUGUUGCGCGAGAAUUUUAUUCAGAGGCAGAUGCAUCGCAUUGCAUUCAACAAAUCUUGGAGUCGGUUAAUCAUUGCCAUCAGAAUGGUGUGGUGCAUCGUGAUCUGAAACCAGAGAAUUUACUGUUAGCUAGUAAAGCCAAGGGUGCAGCUGUAAAACUCGCGGACUUUGGCCUAGCCAUUGAAGUUCAGGGCGACCAUCAGGCAUGGUUCGGUUUUGCCGGCACCCCUGGCUACUUAUCGCCGGAGGUGCUGAAAAAGGAGCCUUAUGGCAAAUCAGUAGAUAUAUGGGCAUGCGGAGUUAUUUUGUACAUUUUACUAGUCGGUUAUCCGCCUUUCUGGGAUGAGGAUCAGCAUCGUCUUUAUUCACAGAUAAAGGCAGGCGCAUACGAUUAUCCAUCACCUGAAUGGGAUACUGUAACACCGGAAGCAAAGAAUUUGAUAAAUCAGAUGCUUACUGUCAAUCCAAAUAAAAGAAUCACUGCAGCUGAAGCGUUGAAGCACCCUUGGAUUUGCCAACGAGAACGCGUGGCUUCAGUGGUUCAUCGCCAAGAGACUGUGGACUGUCUCAAGAAAUUCAAUGCUCGUCGUAAACUUAAGGGCGCUAUUCUUACUACAAUGUUAGCCACCAGAAAUUUUUCCAGUAGGAGUAUGAUCACCAAGAAAGGUGAAGGAUCGCAGGUUAAAGAAUCAACAGACUCCUCAAGUACAACAUUAGAAGAUGACGAUGUCAAGGAGGAUAAAAAGGGAAUUGUUGAUCGCAGCACUACUGUCAUUUCAAAAGAGCCCGAAGCAAGACGUCAGGAGAUAAUUAAAAUCACUGAACAACUAAUUGAGGCUAUCAAUAGCGGCGAUUUCGAUGGAUACACAAAAAUAUGCGACCCUCAUUUAACUGCAUUUGAGCCUGAAGCAUUAGGCAACCUUGUUGAAGGAAUUGAUUUUCAUAAAUUUUACUUCGAAAAUGGUAAUUAUAAAAACAAACAUUUAUUACAUAGUUUUCCCAUGUAUUUUUUAUUAUGGGUGUGAAUAUAUGCGCAUUAA